AUGCCGACGAUCCGGCACAUUUACCACCAGCAGAGGAGCAGCACUUGCGAUGCCCAGAAACUCAACGAGACCCAGGCGAAACUGGACAGGAUUGAGGGCAGGCAGACGGCGCUGGAGGCCAGCGUGGACACUUUGAAGACAUCCGUGGACAGGGAGGGAGAAACUCUGAAGGCUGGCCUCGCGAGCCUCGAGAAGUUGCUGGAGCAGAAGGAGGCUGCUUCGAAGCUCCUGCAGGCGAAAGUGGAUCGCAUUGAAGGCCAGCUGGCAGGCAUUGCGGAAGCCCUGUCCAAGGCCAUUAAAAACCUUCAGCACAGCAAGUUCGAGCGGAUCGGGGACCGGCUGCUCUGCGUGGGGAACAACAGUCGCCAGAAGUGGAGCCUGGCUGAGGAAGCCUGCCUCCAGAUGGGCGGUCACCUGGCCACCAUCCAGAACGAGGCGGAGCUCGCUGCCUUGGAGGGUAAACUGAAGAGGAACACUCCCUACUGGCUGGGCCUUUCUGACCUGGCCGAGCAGGGCCAGUUCGUCUCGGUGGCCACCGGAAGGCCAGCAGGCUUCUUCAACUGGCGAGCGACACAGCCGAACAACUUCAACAACAACGAUCGCUGCGUCAGUUUGUACAACUCAGAAAUGUACGACAGCGUUUGCGAGGAUGCUGAACAUUUCAUUUGUGAGGCAGCUUUCUGA